UGUAUCGUAUUAAAUAGUUUGCUUAGUUAUUUAAAGUACGGGUUUUAAAGACAUAUUUACGCUGGCAAAAAAGAAAGUUAAAAGAGGCAGUGAUGCGGCUUCAAAGUGAAUUCAUCAUUGAUGAUUAUAGUGAAAACUUGUUUCAGUUUUCAGAUAUUCGAUUUCGAUGCUUAUAAAAGCGGCGCCGUUUUUAUGGGUUUCUUCGAUAUGCAGAUAAACGGCAAAUUGCGCCUGGUAUAGAGGAGAGUCUUUUAAGUGUUCGACAUUACCAGCUCCACCACAACCACCACCACCACGUCGUGUCCCAUUUCUCGCUCAAUCUCAGCCGUUGGCCAAAUGUCUCAGCCACCGUACGAUCCCUACUACCUUCAUCUGCAACAGCCGCCACCAAUUCAUCAAGAUUUCUCCGACAACACCGCCAUUAACACGCUCUUCGUUUCCGGCCUCCCAGACGACGUCAAGGCGCGUGAGAUUCACAACCUCUUUCGCCGGCGCCCCGGCUUCGACUCUUGCCAGCUCAAAUACACCGGCCGUGGCAACCAGGUCGUUGCAUUUGCUACGUUUUUCAAUCAUCAAUCGGCAAUUGCAGCACUUCAUGCCCUAAAUGGUGUAAAAUUUGAUCCACAAACUGGAUCAGUUCUGCAUAUCGAACUGGCCAGAUCAAACUCAAGAAGGAAGCGUAAACCAGGUAGUGGAGCCUAUGUUGUUAUAGAUAAAAGAACUAAAGCAGAAGAUAAUACUCAAGAAACAUCUAGUGAUGAUGGAGACAGUGAAUCUGACGAAACAUCUGAAACCAAGAAUCAUGAUUCUGGCAACAAGGGUGAUUUAGCAGUCUCAAAAAGUGGUGAGACAGCGGUGGAUUCUGAUAAUGCUGUAGCUGCUGUACACGAACAAACAGAAAAGGCUGUUGAUGGAGGACCCUGUUCCACUCUAUUCAUUGCAAAUCUUGGUCCAAACUGCACUGAAGAUGAACUAAAGCAAAUGUUGUCUGAGUAUCCUGGAUUCAAUAUGCUCAAAUUGCGUGCUAGAGGUGGAAUGCCAGUUGCCUUUGCUGAUUUUGAGGAAAUUGAACAAGCCAACAACGCCAUGGAUAAACUUCGGGGCGCCCUGUUACCAUCAUCAGACAGGGGUGGCAUGCAUAUAGAAUAUGCAAGAUCUAAAAUGAGGAAGCAUUAGAAGAAAGGGAGCUGUGCACACGGUUUUCCAGACACUGUUUUUGUUUACACUUUAAUUGCAUCUCCCAAGUGGUGCAUCACAAUGUGCUGUAGUCCAGAGAACGUAUAUUUGGUGUUUUGGAUAUUUUCUUAUCCAUUUCUGUUAUUCAGCUCUGGUAUAGGCUAAUUUUCUUUUUUCUUUU